GAACCACAGAGGAAGAGAUGUUAGUGUUUUUCCAGAAAACAGAGAAAAAGAUGAAGAGGAAGAGGAAGAUGUCGGGAGGUUUGUGGGCCGGAUGGUGGUCUCCUUCAGGAAAGGAGCAGAGGAGGAGGCACCGCUCACUCUGCACAGGUUCAACCACAGGAAGCACAGAAGAAGAGAAGCGGGAGGAGCCGGCCAAUCAGAGAAAGCCGUCAGUGUCGUCAGGCAGAAUGGAUACAGAGCGCCGCUACUCAGCUCCUCUUCCCAUCAUGCAUUGCACCUCCUGCAGUCAGAAGCACUCAACAUCUCUUCAGGCCAAUGGCGUUUCUCUGACUUCACCUCUCCGCUCUCCCUCUCCUCCAAUCACGGUGCUUUCCACAUAUGGCACCUAUGCUCCUCCUCCUCCUCCUUUAACUCCACCCCCAUGCUGCGGCUGUCAGUGGUUGCCGUGGAGACGAUGUCAGACUCAGUGAGGGGCGGAGCUAUUAGGAGUCCUCUGCGGAUUCUGAAGGACUUCACGGUCCCGCCCAGUCUGAGCAGCGACCACUGUUACGUGCGAAUGCCUACACCAAGCCCAACUUUUUCUGCCCGGCGACAGCAGAAGCAGCGAGCCAAUCACAGCACCCGCAGCCUCCACUUCCCCCGGCGACGCCCACUGCCCCUCCCCCUGUGUUCAGCCAAUGGGCUGUCUGCUGCUCCGCUUGCUGUCAGCCAAUCAGAAGCGGGCUCUGAGUUUCUCAGCACAAAUGGAGAGCGUUGUAAACGAGUCUCACAAAUACGAAUCCGCCGGGCGUCACCGCGGGAAACACUGCUCACUCCGAUGGGACUGCCAAAGGUCAAAAGGUCAAAGAAGAAAGAGUUCAGCCUGGAGGAGAUUUACACGAACAAGAACUACAAAUCCCCCACCACAAACAGGAGUCUGGAGACGAUCUUCGAGGAGCCGCGGGAAAAAAACGGUGCACUGCUCCUGAUUGGCCAGCAGAGGAGGCGCAGGCUCCUCCUCUUCCCUGACUUCACGCAACCCAGGAAGAGGAAGAGGCCGCAAGGGGCGGGACUUCCUGUUGCUAUGGUACCCAGGAAACGGGUGGCGGCACGGCGACAUUGCCACGGCAACGGCCCCGAUGACGACGACUUGGACCUGGACGUGAUGCUGGUGGAGCGACUGAGCGCACUCGAAGACUUCCUGUCCCGUCAGGGCUUGGACGUGUGAGCUGUGACAUCACUUCCUGUCAGCUGACCAAAAGGCCAAAUAAACAGAGCUGCUAGCGCACCAGACCGGUGUAGCGGGUUUUUACUUUUACUUUUUGCAGUGUACUUGAUUUAUUUUGUUUUAUUUGACUUCACAGUGUAGACUGUUUAAAUGUGAAUUUUCUGAAAUAUUUAAUAUUUUUACUAGUUUUUUAAACGAUGACAUGUCAGGAGACCACGCCCACACGAGGCCACGCCCACAUCGGGGCACAGCUGGCUUUAUUUUUAAUUUUUUGUGUUUUUCUUGACUGCUGUUCUCUGUAGUACUCUGAAAUACUGUCUGAGUACUCUGUACUACUGCUGGUGAAGUAUUUGGAGUUUUUAAAGUGUAAUAUAUAUAUUUCUGCUGAAAACGUGUCUAUUUUUGGAACAAAUAAAGUUUGUUUCUGCU